AUGAUAAGUGACUUCUUCUUCCCUCAGCCGGGUGGAGUGGAGAGUCACAUAUAUCAAGUGUCUUCGAAGCUUAUAGAUCGCGGCCACAAAGUGAUAAUAGUCACCCAUGCGUACAAAGGUCGAACUGGAGUGCGCUACCUAACGAACGGCCUCAAAGUCUACCAUGUCCCCUUCUUCGUCAUCUACCGCGAGUCCGCCAUGCCGACUGUCUUCUCCUUCUUCCCCAUCUUCCGGAACAUUAUCAUUCGAGAGCAGAUAGAGAUUGUACACGGCCACGGUAGCUUAAGCUGCUUCUGCCAUGAAGCCAUCCUGCAUGCGCGAACCAUGGGGCUACGUACCGUUUUCACCGAUCACUCUCUGUUUGGAUUCGCAGACGCCAGUUCAAUCCUCACAAACAAGCUCCUCAAGUUUACUCUCAGUGACGUUGACCACGUUAUAUGCGUCAGCCAUACCUGUAAGGAAAACACCGUGCUGAGAGCGUCACUCGACCCUCUGAUGGUGUCUGUCAUCCCCAACGCACUUGUGGCGGAGAAUUUUCGGCCGCCGUCGUAUAAUGCAUCGACCGGCGGCUCCUUAUCCCGUGCUUUACCGCAUAGGAUGCCGGGACCGCGCCUGCUGGGGCCCGAUGAUACCAUCACGAUCGUGGUGAUAUCACGACUAUUCUAUAACAAAGGGACAGAUCUGCUCAUUGCCGCGAUACCCAGGAUCCUCGCGCUUAACAAAAACGUGCGGUUUAUCAUCGGCGGGUCAGGCCCAAAGGCAAUCGACCUCGAGCAGAUGCUGGAACGAAAGGUGCUGCAGGACAAGGUGGAGCUACUUGGCCCCAUCAAACACGAAGAUGUGCGUGACGUCAUGGUAAAGGGCCAUAUAUAUCUGCACCCCAGUCUAACAGAGGCCUUUGGCACCGUGAUCGUGGAAGCAGCCAGCUGUGGGCUUUAUAUCGUCUGCACCCGCGUGGGAGGUAUCCCAGAGGUCCUCCCCCAGCACAUGACGACCUUUGCCAAACCCGAAGAAGACGAUCUCGUCCAGGCGACCGGGAAGGCGAUCGCGGCGUUGCGGUCGAACAAGGUGCGAACGGAAAGGUUCCACGACCAGGUCCGGAUGAUGUAUUCGUGGACCGAUGUCGCGCGACGUACAGAGCGUGUUUACGACGGGAUCUGCGGCGCCAUCAACGAGGAAGACUUCUACGGUAAUUUCCCCAAGGAGAGCUGGACUGGCUCGCGCAGACGCGAACACAGCUUUGCGCUGAUCGACCGGCUGAAGCGGUACUACGGAUGCGGCAUCUGGGCAGGGAAGCUGUUUUGUCUCUGCGUCGUCAUCGACUUUCUGAUAUACGUCUUCCUAGAGCUGUGGAUGCCUCGCAACAGUAUCGAUAUCGCGCGGGACUGGCCGAAGAAACCGCCCCGUGAAAGCAGGGAACUGCUCGAUUCCCGUCAUUCUGCGACGGGCAUCCAGCACUCUAGGCGGGUAAACGACAGCUGGCAGGGGAUGAUCUGA